UAUCAAGGAUUCAUCAUGUUAUCAAGCAUACAGCAAUUCUUUAAGCGUCACCAGCGUAAAUUUAUAAUUGGAAGUGCCAUUUUUGGUGGUAUUGUCCUUAUAACGCGUUAUACCCAGUAUAGGAUUCGUGAAUGGCAACAAAGAGAGAUAAGAGCGAUAUUGGAAAGGGCGAAGAAACAACAACACUUUGAGCAUUUGGAGAAAACAUGUGAUCAAAUGACAAAGAGUCUUGCCUUAAACAUAAGGAAUACUAUAAUCAAGGAACUUGACGGACAGACUAUUAUAAAUCAACUCAAACAUGGCUCUGCAAAUAAGAUUGCAUUGUGGAAUGAGCUGAAAGUUAUAGCUGUUACACGGUCGGCUGUAAUAAUUUAUGCAUACACGAUGCUAGUUACAUUUCUUAGAAUUCAAAUUAAUGUAAUCAGCGGAUACAUGUACCAGAAUCAGAUUGCAGAGAACAACGUUGAGGAAUAUGAUGUACGAGCGAAAUACUUGCAACUUUCUGCUUAUUUUAUACAUGACGGAGUUCAGAAAUUGUGCAACCUUAUGAAAAGUAAGGUCGAACAAGUCACAUUUGCAAUAUCUUUGGACAACAAGUUAACAUUAAGAGAUUUAGAACAAAUUUACUGGGCGAUCACAUCAUCUAUAUUUGCCGAUAACUUAAACGAUCCUAUUAAGAAUUUUACAAGUUACGCAAUAUCGGCUACGCAACAGGCUAAAAAACUAACUAAUGGAAACAACGAGACGUCCGUGUAUUCAAAUAUAAUUGAUCAGACGUUAGAUCUAUUAGAGAGCGACGAGGUCCAAAAUUUAACGCAAAGAAACAUCAGAAGCGGAUUCGUGUCAUUAAUAGAUCGCAUAUCUGAAUACUUUGACAUUGCUUCCAAAACCAAAAAUGGAAUAUCGUAUUCGGAAACAUCAAGUCAAGACGAUCCGAAUGAAGCCGUGAAUAAUGGGACGAGCGAAUUUUUAGAUAUUAAUAAAAGCACCUUGCCGAUGGCCAAAAUUAUUCCUAUUAUAAUCGGCCAAAUUCCGGAUAAUCCAGUAAUAAGAGACGCAUCGGCGGAUUUACUUGAAUACCUUAUGUCAAAUAAUGAUAUCAAAAUGCUUGGGGCAAAUAUUUACGAAGCAUUCAGUUGUAAGACUUACGCUUAAAUUGCGACAAUUACUUUAAAGGUUUAUGUUAGAAUAUAGCAACUUAUCUUUACAACAUAGGACGAAUCGUGUAUGAGGGAAAGUAAUAAUUUGUGUAAAUAAAAUAUUCUCAUUUCAAGUUGGGACUCGCGAAGAAAAACUCAAGAUAAAAAAUAAAUUUACAGACUGUAUCAAUAUAUGAUUUCACUUUUUUCAUAUAUAAAUUGGUUCUGAUCGUUGUGCAUAUAAAAAUAUUGACAAAAAAUAGAUAGGAAGUAUUUUCCUUCGAUUGAAAUUAUAUUUUUGAUUGAAAUAUCAUAAAAUAUCAUUGUGAAUAUUUUAUUUUAAAUUUCCACAAUCUCGUCUUAAUAUUUUCAUGUGCAGAAUACGAAAGGAAUCGUAUCUUUUAAUAUUUCUGUUUUUUUAUACAUUUGCACUAGUGUAUAAACCGCAAGUACAUAUUGAGGAUUCUGUAUAUUAAAAUUCUGUUUUUAUUUUAGAUGAGUUUAAGAAUUAAAAUUAUCAUUAAAUAUGUCCAACUAAGUAUAACAUUAUAUAGUUAUCACAAUUUGAUAAACAUAAGUGGCAAAUAAAAUAAUACUUAAUAACGA